AUGCUGCCUACGAACGUUAUGUCAUUCAUGAAGAAGAUGGUGGCGACGGAGGACACGUCGAACAGUGUCCCCGGUCAAAUUGAAUCUCCCGGCACAUUCGGCAAGUUGCGACAGACGUUAUCGUCUUCCUUACUUACUGCACAAGACAAAGUAACGAAACUCGGGCCAAGACCAGUCGCGGUGGAGGUUACUCCGGAGCCCCCAGCGGUUGCCCCACCGCCUGCACAACCUCCGCCCCAACCGGCAAAAACAGAACGCGAGGCGGGCAAAGCCCCGUCCCGUGCUGGGGCUUGCCGCGUGUGCCUGAAGGCCCUGAAGCCAGGCGAGGUGUUCCACAUCUGCAAUGGCUGCCAGCACCGCGUUUGCGAGGAUUGCUCAUCCUACUCAAAACCUUCCAGCGAAGAGGAAGCGAAUUCCUGGCGCUGCUCGGUGUGCCGUCGCAAGGCUGGGCCGAGGCUGCCACCAGCGGCUCAGGACAGCACGGACUCCUUGCUGGACGUACCGGUGCUGGAAGCGCUGCAGCGGCGGCACUCUGAGGCGCGCCUUGGCAGCGGCGGCGCGUCCACGGGCCUAGCCCCACCCAGAUCCCCCGAGCUCCGUCGCCACUCCGACGUCUCUCCCGCAUCCUUAAAGGAACUGGAGAAGUUAAAGGGCGGCGGUGGCAGCGUGACGCCGGAGGCCGUCGAGUCGCGGCGCUCGAGUACCGUGGCGCCGGCGCGCCGUCGCUCGGUGCGCGCGCCGCGCCAGCGCUCCUGCGACGAGGAGCAGCCGGCGCCGGGCCACGCGCCCGCGCUCUCCGCGCCGCCGCCGAUGUCGCGCAGAGCUUCGGCCGUGGACGUGGUAAGCGGGGCCGGAUCCCGACGUAGCUCGUACCGAGUAGAGGAGCCAGCGGACACCGCACCGCAAAUAACCGGCCUGAGCGUCGAUGAAGAACGUCCUAUACGUCGCCGUGGAAGCCAGCUGCCGGACAUCGCGGCGCUGCAACAGCGCACCGGUGCCCUGAGCGCAAUGGCGGCGCUGGCGUCGCGCGGCUCCGACGCCGCGGAGUCCGCGUCGGUGUCCGCUGCGGCCGCGGCGGCCGUGGCGGCCGCUCGCCAGAUGUCCGUCGACGCGGAGGCGAUCAAAAUCGUCAUACACGACGUCGACGACCGCACGCCGCGCCGCGUCACACUGCGCCGCGACCCCAACGACAAGGGCCACCGCUCUCGGGGAUUCGGUAUGCGAGUUGUUGGGGGUAAGCCUGACGCCAGCGGCCGCAGGGAGGCUGUCAUCGUGUGGACUGUACCCGGUGGACCAGCAGAUCUAGCCGGAUUGCAGCAGGGUGAUAAGGUCCUGGAAUGGGGCGGAGUGCCGUUAACGGAACGCAGCUUCGAGGAGGUGUGCGCCGUGUUGGAGCGUGGUGGCGACACGGUGGAGCUGCUUGUGGAACCGGCGCCGCAGCUGGACGACACACCACCACCACCUACCCACCACACCACUCACCACCACCAUGCUCUAUACGAACCAGAUACAGACAAAACACCAUCGUCGCCGACUCGACGGAAAUUGCCGAAAACCCCGGAGCAAGAGCGGAACGAGCGAUACCGGGAGCGUCCGCCCGCCAGGGCGCAGCUGCAAGUUUGGUUCGAGAGUGAGCUCCGCAAACUGGUGGUGGUGCUGAUCGCGGCCGAUGACCUCCCACCACGCGACCACACUCUAGGCUACGGGGACGAGCCCGAGGCCUUCGCCCGGAUACGCCUUCUACCGUCGCUAGAGAGCUGCCCGCCUGUGGAGACAGACCCUGCAUCGGCCUCAUGCAGCCCAGUGUGGAACGCUACCCUCGGCUUCGGUGGUCUAACAGCCGACCUGCUGGCAGGUCGCGCUCUGGAACUCACUCUCUGGGAUGCCUGCCCAGGAAUCGAUCCUGUGCUAAUCGGAGAAUGCACUAUGGAGCUGGAGAAGGCGUUCGCCGAGGAGCGUGCCGUGUGGUGGACCCUGGAGGAGCGUGGCACCCGUUCUGCCAACGCGUCGCCGCGAGGUUCGCUCACCGGCGCACGUGCGCUCCGACGUGGCGACUUCGCCUCCCAACGCUCUAUAUCUGAUGAUGUUGAUUCGAUCGGCGAGUGUGCAUCCUUACUGCACCCUGACCACGCCUGGGUGGCCGGAUCAAGACGAGGGUCCUCGCAGUCUGAGACCCUCGAAGUGGAGGUCUACCAACUAGGGAAGGACUUUUCCCGUUCUCUGCCUGGAUCACGCCGCUCUUCGUUCCAACAACAGGAAAAAGGUAAAGUGUUUACACAACAAAGUGCGCUGAUACGAGUAUACUCAUAUACUGUAGAUAGCUUAAACAAACUUGAUGCGCCU